CUCUUCUGGUCAAAAAACCCAAAAAUCAAACUAGCAUUUGACGUGGCAGCUCCUAAAGCGAGUUGCACCAAUUUUUACAACCUACCCUAUUUCUCAAACAUGCUAUUGAGCUCCAUUAAUUCCGGGUCGAGCUAGCAAACCCUCAAUUUAGGGAAAAAUCUGGACGCGUGGCUACCGACCAAGGCCAGUUGCGUGGAUAAUCUGUACACUCUCACAUCUCUCACUCUCACUCCACUUUGGUUUCAUCGACCCCCAACGGAGCGAAAACUCUCUUUCUCUCUCCCGGUUACAGCUCAGACGGACGCCCCAAAACUCUCUCUCUCUCUCUCUCUCUACAAGUUGUUUGUUUGUUAGAUUGAAUCGUUUCCACUUUUUCUCUGUAAAACUCUAAUCUUCUCUCUCUCUCUCUCUCUCUCUCUCAAAGUUUCUUCCUUUUUUAUCUCUGAAUAAUGGCGUCGUCUAUGGCAACGGCCACGGCUGUGACCAAAGCCACAACUUUGGCUCACUACAAUGACAACAAUUUCAAGCUCCGCUCUCCUUCUAAGGUCUCUUUCCGUCUCUCUCAUAAACCCAAGCUUCGUUUCUUCACCAAGGGUUUGCAGCCAAGUCGGGGUAGCACUUCUGUGGUGAAAGCCCAACUGAACGAGGUAAGAUUCUUCCAAUGGUUUUCAUUAGAGGAUAUUUUUUCAAAUUUUUGUUCCUUCCUGGACAUGCUCUUGGGGUCAUCUUUUGCCUUCAAGGUUGCUGUGGAUGAACCCUCAAAUGCUGCAGCUACUCCUCCAACCAAAUCCGAUGGACCGACACCACAAUCAAAGGAUACAGAGUCAUCAGUUGGGUCUUCUUCUGCAGUUCUGGCAACAGAAGAAUCAAUCUCCGAGUUUAUUAAUCAAGUUGCUAGUCUUGUGAAGCUUGUCGACUCGAGAGAUAUUGUGGAGCUGCAGUUGAAGCAGCUAGACUGUGAAGUUACAAUUCGUAAAAAGGAGGCCUUACCUCAACCACCAGCUCCUGCUCCAGUGUCUAUGAUGCACUCUCCAUAUCCGCCAAUUGCACCAACAGCUUCACCUGCACCUGCACCUGCACCUGCCCCAGCUUCUUCUCCAGCACCUGCACCAUCUCCACCUGCUGCCAGUUCACCUAAGUCAUCACUUCCAACUCUUAAAAGUCCUAUGGCAGGGACAUUUUACCGAAGUCCAGCACCUGGUGAACCUCCAUUUGUGAAGGUUGGAGACAAAGUACAGAAGGGACAAGUCUUAUGCAUCAUUGAGGCCAUGAAACUAAUGAAUGAAAUAGAAGCUGAUCAGUCAGGAACGAUAGUCGAGAUUCUUUUGGACGAUUCCAAGCCUGUUAGCAUUGACACACCUCUAUUUGUGAUCCAACCCUAGAGCUUAAUGGUUGAGCAUGCAAUUAGUAGAUGGAUUAGUGGAGAUCAAGAAGAAGCUGGUUUCCUUGGUAGCAUUGUGACUUGCGGCGUUGUUUCUGUGUGGGAGAAUGUUUUGCUCGAAAUGAGGUUGUAGUAGAUAGACAUAAGGACUUAUUUAUUUAUUGAGUCUGAUACGGUAGCUGAGAAUAUUUCUCUAUGCUUGAUACUGGUAUUCUUUUUUGUUUUCUAGUGUUUUGAUUGGGACCGUGGAAUUGAUUAAUGUUAGUCUGAUAAAAAUAAUUUCUAAUGUCAUAUUCAAGAAAAGGAGUGAAUAAGAAGAACAUAUUUAGUACAA